GUCCGUUGUAUGAUACGUAUGAAAUUUCGGAGGCAAUUAAAGUUAAUAAAAUGCGCGUAUUGAAGGAAAAAGACGCCAAAAGAAAAGGACUCGAAAGAGAACAUUUACUUGAUAUUCGAAUGGUGAAGGCCCAAAAG